GGCAGUACAGCCGCCAUGGCGUCGCCCUUCAGCGGGGUACUGCAGCUGACCGACUUGGAUGACUUCAUCGGGCCCUCUCAGGAUUGCAUCAAGCCCAUGAAGGUGGAUAAGAGGCCAGGAAGUGCUGUGACCAAGAUCCACAUUGAAGAUGAUGGAAGCUAUUUCCAAGUUGACCAAGAUGGUGGGACCCAGAGGCUAGAGAAGGCCAGGGUCUCACUGAAUGACUGCCUGGCAUGCAGCGGCUGUGUCACCUCAGCAGAAACUGUGCUUAUUACCCAGCAAAGCCACAAGGAGCUGCAGAAAGUUCUAGAUACCAAUAAGACAGUGCCACCAGAUCAGCAGCAGCUGGUUGUUGUUUCAGUCUCACCCCAGUCCAGAGCAUCGCUGGCUGCACGGUUCCAGCUGAGUCCUACAGACACUGCCAGAAAACUGACUUCAUUCUUUAAAAAAAUAGGGGCACACUUCGUCUUUGAUACUACCUUCUCCAGAAACUUCACCCUUCUUGAGAGUCAACGAGAAUUUGUGCGGCGAUUCCGAGGACAGACUGACUCCAGAGAGGCCUUGCCGUUGCUGGCUUCUGCCUGUCCAGGCUGGAUCUGCUAUGCGGAGAAGACCCACGGCAACUUCAUCCUGCCCUACAUCAGCACAGCCCGAUCCCCACAGCAGGUCAUGGGCUCCCUGGUCAAGGACUUCUUUGCCCAGCAGCAGAACCUGACUCCUGACAAGAUCUACCACAUCACAGUGAUGCCUUGCUAUGACAAAAAAUUAGAGGCUUCUAGAUCUGACUUCUUCAAUCAGGAAUACCAGACUCGUGAUGUUGACUGUGUCCUCACAACAGGGGAAGUCUUCAGGCUGCUGGAAGAGGAAGGGGUAUCACUGGCAGAGCUGGAGCCAGCCCCUCUGGACAGCCUGACCAGCAGUAUGUCUGACAAGGAGCUCACCAGCCAUCGGGGCGGGGGCUCAGGAGGCUACCUGGAGCAUGUGUUCCGGCACGCAGCCCAAGAGCUCUUCGGAAUUCAUGUGGCUGAGGUCACCUACAGACCCCUGAGGAAUAAGGACUUCCAGGAGGUGACCCUGGAGAAGGGGGACCAGGUGCUGCUGCGCUUUGCUGUGGCCUAUGGCUUUCGAAACAUCCAGAACCUGGUACAGAAGCUCAAGCGAGGCCGCUGCCCCUAUCACUACGUGGAGGUCAUGGCCUGCCCUUCAGGCUGUUUGAACGGUGGAGGUCAACUCAAGGCCCCAGAUGUACCAGGCAGGGAGCUUCUCCAGCAGGUGGAGAGACUAUAUGGCAUGAUCAGGGUAGAAGCACCUGAGGAUGUCCCUGGGGUCCAGGAGCUGUACCAACACUGGCUGCAGGGCGAAGGCUCAGAGCGGGCCAGCCACCUGCUACACACACAGUACCAUGCUGUGGAAAAGGCCAGCUCAGGCCUCAGCAUCCGGUGGUAAGAGACUGGGGGUCUGCUGAAGCCCUCAGAACCAGCACUAGGAUUCCCAAAAAGGCCAAGCAGAGAUGUAGAUCCCCAGGGCCUCCCCAGACUGAGUUGGGCGACAGGGACUGAAGCAGUACACUGGCUUUGUCAGGACCUGGCCUGCUUACCUCCUGACUGUACUGACUGUCGGGUAGAAAUGAAAUGGCCAAGACCUGAAGAUCCUCUGUGCCUCUGGAACCUUGGUUAGGGAUUAAGUCCAUGAAUACCUUCCUUGCCUUUCUUGGCUAUGGGAGCUGCAGUGGCUUCUGGGGUGCUUCCUUUAUGGUUUCUAGGCUGACUCAAAUCUCAGUGCAGAAAGUGACAGGGCUAUACCUGCUGAGUGGGUCCAACAACAGCCCUACAUAGAGACUGCCUGACAAUAAGGGGAGCUUGAGGCCCUGAAAGUGGGGCAUCAGUUACGAAGCUGUGGGCCUAGGAUAGGGUGAGCAUCACGUCUCCAUGUUGGGGUCCCUAGGCCCAUCUCCCACCAAUCUUCUAAUAAAGGUACAUGUUCAACAACUGUGAAAACAGCUG